AACAGAAACAGAACAUAAAUUUCUUCCUCUUGCAUUGCAUUAGUCCAAAGUCAAAGUUGCAACUUGCAACCAAAACUCACCUAACCCACCAUUCCUCCAACCUCAUCCUCUUCCUCUUCCUCUUCCUCUUCCAUUCCCAUGUUUCUUUGAAGCUUUCUCUCUAACAUGGGGCUUCACUACAGAAAGUUGUUAUCAUUUGUAAAGUGUGGAAUAACAUGUACCCCUACUGAGCAAGAGAAAUCAUCAUGUCUCUGUGCUCCACCUUUAUCCCCUCCAUAUGAUGAUGAACUGCCCCAACCUCCACCUAUACACACCAAAGCCAAAACCCCCACCUACUUGAUCAUCAUCUUUUCCUUUGUAGCCACCGCUUUCAUCGUCCUUUGCUGCUACGCCAUCUACGUUAAGUUCUUUAGAUCAAGGAGGACAAGUACAACAACCUCAUCACAACCACAACCACAACAGGAAGAAGAACAAGACUUGUUUGACGAAGAACAGCAACACGUUGACCACCCCAUAUGGUACAUCCGCACCACCGGUCUCCACCAAUCACUAAUCUCUGCCAUCACCGUUUGCAAGUACAAGAAAGACGAAGGCUUGAUCGAAGGCACCGAGUGUGCCGUUUGCUUGAGCGAGUUUCAAGAGGAUGAAAGUCUCAGGCUUUUGCCAAAGUGCAACCACGCUUUUCACUUGCCUUGCAUUGACACGUGGCUCACUUCGCACACCAAUUGCCCCAUGUGUCGUGCACCCAUUGUUACUGACCCCACAAGGGUUCCCUCCAUGGACCCUAGUGCCUUUGCUUCCACUUCUUUUGUGGAGGAGAUAGAGGUUUCGGAAAGUACUGAAAAUAGUGCUGAUUUGUUGAGGAAUGAGGAACAAGAGGGAGUGGAAGAAGCUCAAGUGCUUGAAACUAGUGAGGUUGUAACUGUGCAGCCAAGAAGAUCGGUGUCUCUGGAUUCUUCUUCUGCUGCUAAGAUCAACCUUGCUCUUGCAACUGUUACUUCAGGGGAAUCUCAUGGGAAUAACUCAAAGAGGGUUGCAAAAGGUGGUUGUGGUUCUUCUUCCACUAGUUCGGUGAAGAGGUCACGAUCCUUCAAUGCUAAACACUUGGUAUCAUGGUAUGGUCGCAGUCAGAGAAAGACAAAUCCAAAUGCAAAUGCUCCUUUGAGAAGCUUCUGAUUAGUUGGUUUGGUUCUCUUGGCUCAGGUAAGUUCCUGCAAACUAGAGUGUGUUUGUUUUUAACUCUCAACAAGGUGAGGGUUCCAACUUUGAAGGGUAUGUGUGUGAGUGAAAUAGUCAAAUAGGUCAUGCCAUGAUCAAAUGUAUGGUAGCAAUGCAAAGCAAAAGGUCUUGAAUGAAAUGAAUUGAAGGUUGUUAUCAUUCCUUGCCAAUUGCCAUGGUUGCCUCAUAUCGUACCACAUGUCAUGUAUGUUCUGGAUUUUUAGUGGCAACCUUUGAACUUCGAAUUUAUGUACACCUUUUUCGCAUCCAACGUGAUGCAUCGUGCUGAUGUUAAAUUCAGGGCAUGUCAAUUUAGUCGAUUUAUGUAUAA